AUGGAUCUAGCGGCUGUCCAGGAUGUGAAAGAUGCCCUACGCAGUGACUUCUUUCAUGGGUACGCUACGGCGGCAGCACAGGUCGAGGGAGCCUGGAAUCGGGACGGAAAAGGCCCGUCGAUCUGGGACACGUUCGGCCAUACCCAAGGCAAGGUCAAAGACGGCAGCAAUGCCGACGACGCAGUGCGCUCCUACGAUCUAUACAAGGACGAUGUUGCACUGAUGAAGACUUACGGCGUCAAUGCCUACCGAUUCUCGCUCUCUUGGUCCCGCAUCAUUCCUCAGGGAGGUCGCGAUGACCCCAUCAACGAAGCAGGUCUUCAGUACUACUCCAACCUCAUCGACGAGCUACUCCGCAACGGCAUCACCCCGUUCGUAACUCUCUUCCACUGGGACGUCCCGCAGGCCUUGGAAGACCGCUACGGCGGCAUGCUGGACCAGACCCAGUUCGUACCGGACUUUGUACGCUACGCAUGGGUCUGCUUCGAGCGCCUGGGGCCCAAAGUUCACCAUUGGAUCACCUUCAAUGAGCCGGGUGUCUACGCUCUCGCUGGGUAUGCCGCCGGCGUGCACGCUCCGGCUCGAUCGUCGUUCCGUGAUCUCAACGCCGAGGGGGACUCGUCCACCGAGCCCUUCACCGUCGGUCACACACAGCUCGUGGCCCACGGGCACGUCUCACGGCUCUACAAGGCCACCUUCCAGGCGGAUCAAAAAGGCACCAUUGGUAUCACCCUGCACGGCAACUGGUCCGAGCCGUGGGACGAGACUUCGUCGCUGGACCAGGCGGCGGCGGAGCGCGCGCGCGAGUUCGAAAUCGCCUGGUUCGCCGACCCGCUGUACCGCACUGGUGAUUACCCAGCGUCGAUGCGCGCGCAGCUCGGCGAUCGUCUGCCGCGAUUCACGGCAGAGGAGUCGCAGCUUGUACUGGGGAGCAGCGAGUUUUACGGCAUGAACACGUACACGUCGUUCUUUGUGCGCCACAAGGACACACCUGCGGACAUCAACGACCACAAGGGCAACGUCAUCGUCUCGGAUGAGAACUGCCACGGGGUGUCGCGUGGUGCCGAGUCGGACACUCACUGGUUACGGUAUUCGCCCUGGGGCUUCCGUAAGCUGCUCAAUUGGAUCUACUCGCGGUACCACAUGCCGAUCUAUGUGACGGAGAACGGGACCACGGCGAAGGGUGAACAUGGUCCGCCGCCGACCACCGGGGUCCUGAACGACCCGUUCCGGAUUCAGUUUUUCGAGGGGUAUGUGGGCGAGCUGGCACGGGCCGUCAAGUUCGACGGGGUUGAUGUGCGGUCGUACUUUGCGUGGACUUUUACGGAUAACUGGGAAUGGGCUGCUGGGUAUACUGAUCGGUUUGGAAGCACGUUCAUCGACUUUGAGUCCCCUGAGAAAACGCGGUAUCCAAAACAGUCCGCGUAUUAUCUGCAGAAGCUGUUUACGCAUUUGAUUAGAUAG